UAAGUGGAAUAUGUUAGUACUAACUUCACAAACUAUUUAAAGAUGUGAUUUUUCUUUAUCGGUUUGGAGUUGAGUUGAAAUGUACAGCUGUUAAUAAGCCAAAAUAAACAAAGUUCAUGAACCUUUCAAGUUUAGACAGAACGUUAUUGUCGCUAUCCGUGGUGCUGAAAUCAGAAAGGUGCAAGUUGCCGGUCAUUUGGAGGGUGCAUCAGGGGACUUAAUUGGGGCACGGUCGACAAAGACAAGUGUUUUCCCUGGAAAUUUGACAUACAAUUCAUGCUAGAUCUUUUUACUUAGUGGAGAAUGGUGUAAAGUUUGUUUUAUCACAUUUAGCAAGGUUAUUCGACCGCUUAUUCAAUCACCUUCGCUCUCAUACUUUUAGAAAUUAGGAAAAUGUGUUUAUUUUAUGUCAUAAUAGUAGUAAGUUCUUGCUGUAUCUUUCUGGUGUCGAAAUAUUUUCAAUAAGGUCUGUCAAUUCUAACUCGUGUACUUUUAGACGGGGUAUCACCAAGAGGAAAGUUAUGAUUUUUUUUCUUUGUUAACUGAGAAAUAAUCAGAAUGGGAACAGGAAAAAAAAUCCUUUGAAAUGCACCAUAACAUAUAAGUUAACAGGGUUAUGUUCAUAAUUAAUGAGAAGUUGAUCGCCUUGGACGGGUGGGUAGUCAUUUAAUUGUUGCUGUUCCUAAAGCUUAAAUGCAGUUAUUUUACAUUACCAGAUGGUGGCACUGAAGACCAUGACAUCUAGAUGUUAUUUCUAAAGGCAUAAGACUCCACCCAGAAACAGAGGAUGAUCUUUCUCUGGGCUUUGUAACAAAGAGGCGCAGAGCGAGAGAGAAAGGGCGAAAAAUUUAUUAGGCUGACUUGUUGUGAUUGCCUUUGUUUGCGGAUAUCUGACGGUUGCUGGUGGACACAAAGUGUGCCUGAUUUCGGUGGAUUUAAUCAUGCAUUUCCCAACAAAAACAGAUAUUUUGCGGGCUUAUUCUGUGGCCGUGCUGCUGAAUUAUUGCUGGGAAGCGGUGUCUGGACAGCUCUCGUACUCUGUAUCGGAGGAGGAAAAUACUGGGACAUCUGUUGGAAAUAUUGCCAAAGAUCUAAAUCUCAAUGUACAGGAUUUAGAGUCUCGUAGGUUUCAGAUUGUUAGUGGAUCACAGAAGAAGUAUUUCGAUGUGAAUUUAAAAACUGGUGUUCUUUAUGUCAGCGAAAGAAUCGACCGCGAGGAGCUUUGUGGAAGGGCUUCAAAAUGUACUGUCAAUGUAGAGGCGGUGAUCAACGUCCCGCUGAAGCUUUAUCGCUUAGAGAUAAAUAUAAAAGAUAUAAACGACAACGCACCAGUUUUCUCUGAGAAGCUGCAGUCGCUUGAUGUUCCAGAAAAUACUUUACCGGGAGUCAAAUUUGGACUGAUAGAGGCAUCAGAUUUGGAUGUUGGUAAAAACGGUGUUAAUACAUAUAAACUUAGUAAUAACGAUUAUUUUACAUUAGAUAUUCAUAAAGGAGAAGACAGCGUGUCUGCUGAGUUAGUACUGCAGAAAUCGUUAGACAGAGAGCAGGAUUCUGUUAUAAAACUCACGCUGACUGCAGUAGACGGAGGAAACCCACCCAAGUCAGGGACAUCGCUUAUUAUCAUUUCCGUGAUGGAUACUAAUGACAACCAUCCCGUGUUCAGUAAGUCUUUGUACAAAAUUAAAAUUCCUGAAAACUUGUCCAGUGGGUCGACAGUGAUUACGCUGAAUGCAACAGACACAGAUGAGGGUUCAAACAGUGAAAUUGAAUAUUCUUUGAGAAAAAAAGGCCAAGAUCAUAUUUUAGAUUUAUUUGAAAUUAAUUCAAAAACGGGAGUGAUUUCAAUUAAGGGUAAAGUCGAUUAUGAAGAAAAUCGUGCAUUUGAGAUCCAUGCGGAGGCAAGUGACAAGGGUCAGCCUCCGAUGUCUGCUCAUUGCAAAGUGUUGGUAGAAGUGCUGGAUCUAAAUGACAACGCUCCUGAGAUCACGGUAACGUCACUACUAAAUACAGUGAAAGAAGACGCGGAAGUAGGUGCAGCCAUUGCACUUGUCUCGGUUUUGGAUAAAGAUGGUGGGAAUAACGGGGCAGUGAAAGCUGUGAUUGUAAAUAAGACUCCAUUUAAACUGGACACAAACUAUAGAAAUUAUUACUCUUUAGUGGUUACUGGUCCGCUUGACAGAGAAACUACAGACGAGUACAAUGUUACUAUAAUAGCAACUGAUGAAGGAGCUCCUCCUCUCUCCAGCACCAGCAUAAUUAGUGUUCACGUUUCUGAUGUCAAUGACAACUCGCCUCGCUUCUCUGAUCCGAUACUUAAUAUUUAUGUUAAAGAAAACAGUCCAGUAGGAGCAGUCAUUCUCUCUUACUCCGUCUCAGAGGAGGUGAAUCUGGGGACUGUUGUCGGAAAUGUCGCGAAAGAUCUGAGCAUCAAUGUCCAGGAUUUGGAGGCCCGCAUGUUUCAAAUCGUUGCUGGAUCAAAGAGGAAAUAUUUCGAGGUAAAUCUAAAAACUGGAGCCCUCUAUGUUAACGGGAGAAUAGAUCGAGAAGAGCUUUGUGGUAAUGACGCCAAAUGCUCACUCAGUGUAGAAGCUGUUAUUAAUAAUCCACUGAAACUGUACCGUAUUGAAAUUACGAUUUUAGAUGUAAAUGAUAAUUCUCCUUUAUUUGAGAGUACGUUGCAAUCAAUGAACAUUACUGAGAGCACAGCGGCGGGAGCAAAAUUUCCUCUGCAUCAAGCUCACGAUGCUGACGUGGGUAAAAACACUGUAAACAACUACAGGCUGAGUCAAAAUGAACAUUUCUCUCUUGAUGCACACAAAGUUCAGGGUGUAACUCCUGAGAUGGUGCUUCAGAAAGUUUUAGACAGGGAAAAACAGUCUGUGAUUACGCUCACACUGACUGUCAUCGAUGGGGGAACACCUGCUAAAUCCGGAAGCAUGACAAUAAUAGUUAAUGUACUGGACGUUAAUGACAAUCCUCCCGUUUUCAGCCAAAGGUUGUAUAAAGCCAGAGUCUACGAAAAUGUUAAAAUAGGCACACCAAUAAUUACAUUAAAUGCGACUGAUUUAGAUGAAGGACAAAAUGGAAAAGUGAUAUAUUCAUUUAGUGAAGUUGGUCAGGGGAAACAAACUAAUUCAUUUGUUAUAGAUGAGAAAACAGGAACUGUAACGAAUAAAAGGAAUAUUGACUAUGAAGAAAGUAAUGCUUUUGAACUUCGAGUACAAGCCAGUGAUGGAGCCUCUUCCCCUCUCACGUCACAUGCCAAAUUACUGAUUGAGGUUUUAGAUGUUAAUGACAACCCACCUGAAAUUUCAGUCACAUCGCUAUUGAACACUGUUAAAGAGGAUGCAUCAGUUGACACAGCCAUUGCUCUUGUUUCAAUAUUUGAUAAAGAUGGAGGUAAAAAUGGGAUGGUGACAUGUAAAAUUUCUAAUAAUGUUCCUUUUAAAUUGGAGUCAAACUACAAGAAUUCAUAUUCAUUAGUUGUAGACGGUCCUCUUGACCGAGAGACUGCACCUCAGUACAACAUCAGCAUCACUGCUACUGAUGAGGGCAGCCCACCACUCUCCAGCACGAGUGUUAUAAC